CCGAACAACCUCUUUGAUCGAUGUUCAAAUUGAAAAAAUAAAGAAUGGAUAUCAUAUCUGAUUCGUUUGUGCGUCGACAUUGACAUAGACACAAAACAGUUCAUACCAAAAGUUUAUUAAUUGGAGGAUUACUUAAAUAUCGACGUAUAUACAUAGUUAAGCUUUGAGAGAAAUCGUGAUUUAAAAAAAGAAAAAAAAAAUGAAUAGCAUAUCUUAUUCGUGUAUGCAAUGACAUUGAAAUAGACACAAAAAGUUCAUAUCAAAAGGUUGUUAAUUGGAGGAUUACUAAUAUUGACGUAUAAACAUAGUUAAGCUUUAUGAGAAAUCGUGAUUUUAUGUGCGUCAACUGCUCAUCCAGGAUACCUCCAUUCUAUAUAUGUGUUAUAUACAUUAACUAAUAAAAAAUAACUUUAAAGAAUUACAACGAAAGUGAAGAGUCAAUUUGACAUGAAUGGUGUUGAGUAUUCACGAACAAGCAACGGAGUCUUAUCAGCUGUUAAGUCGAAAAGCUCUUCUGUCAAUGGGUCGAGAGUACAAGGGUACGGGGUAGACAGGGGACAAAGGGGAGUGACCGGAUAUACACAUAGAGGAAACGGGAGAUGGAAUUCGUACGAGCAGGAGCGGCGUUAUGACCGGAACGCAGGCAGCGGCAACGAUGAUUCUGGGAGCUUGGCGUCCCGGGACUCGGAAGGAAAGAGGAAGAGCUUCCGGCGGUUGCUGUCACGGUUCGCCGACAAGACGUCUAUGGUCGGCGUGGGCUACAUAAACAGCGCUAAAUUCCUGUGGGCCCGGAUCAUUUGGUGUUUCCUGUUGCUCAUUGCCGUCGGCGCCAUGACGCUUCAUUUGUGGUAUCUUAUUAACCAGUACCUAGAGUACCCCGUUGUGACCAAAAUAUCUCUCGGGUAUUCAGACUUGCGCUUUCCGCAGGUGACAUUUUGUAAUACAAACACCUUGCAUAGAGGAAAGCUUGAUGCCUACACAGGUGCUGAUGAAUUGAAAGCAUUGAUACGCGAGCUUAAACCAGAAAAUAUAGCACCGGAUAUGUUUGACCCCAACUGGGAUCCGUUCGUUACCACAAACCAACCUCCACCUGAUCCACCGUCAGGAAAUAGUGGGGAUAUGCAACAGCCGACCGAAGACCCACAGCAGCCGACGGAGGGUACGCAACAGCCGACAGGAGACACACAACAGCCGAACGGGGAUGCGCAACAGCCGACUGGGGAUACAAGUCAACCGCCAUUAAGAAAGAGACGCAAGCGGUUUGUGGACAAUUACGGUUCUAUCGAUCCCACAAAGUAUGACCCUUUGGCCGCCAACGACCCCCGGAAGGAUGCCCCGCCCCCGGGCAGUAACGAGUAUGACGGGGAAAUUGACCCUGAGAGGGAGCUGGAUACCGUGUUCAAGGACCUGUACAUGGACCUGCCCAAGCAUGUGCGGUCACAACUAGGCCACGACAUCAAAGACAUGUUGCUGAGCUGUUCCUUCAAUGGGCGGGUCUGUUCUUCCGAGUUGUUUCGGCUCCAUCAGACGACGGAGUACGGUAACUGUUGGUCGCUUGACAACGACAAGUUCAAGGCCAUGUCACCAGGACCAGACGGUGGGUUGAGCCUGCUGUGGUACCUCGAGUCGUCGGAGUACCUGAGCGGGGUGACGACCGGAUAUGGUGCAAGAUUGCUCCUUCACGAGCCUGACUCGUACCCAUACCCCGCACAGGAGGGCAUCUUCAUCCCGGCGUCCAUGGAAACCUCCAUUGGCCUAAAAAUGACCUUCAUCGCGCGUGCCAACGGCAGCUAUGGCUCGUGUGAGUGGGGAGACGACUUCCGUUCUCGGUAUGACGUCAUGUACACGCGACGCUCGUGCCAGAGUUUCUGCGUACUUGAGGAUGUCGUUAACACGUGCGGGUGCUUCGACAAGGAGAUGGAGGAAUUCGCCCGGAAGCUGAACGACACUCUACGCCCCUGUAGACAAAAUGAAGAACUGCGGUGCAUGGUUGACCUGGAGAACCGCUAUGCGAGGAUGGAGCUGAGUUGUGACUGUGGGGAGCCCUGCAGAGAGACCAAGUACGGGAAAACCAUAAGCCAAAGGCAGUGGCCGACAGACGACUACGCUAACAUCCUGCUGCUAGGCGUUUGUGAAAAGAACCUGGAGAAAUGUAAAAACCUAAAGGACAUGGGCAACUCAAGGGAUUUAAACUACAACUUUUUGAGGCUGAAUAUCUACUACGAAGAUCUGAACUACGAAACGAUUGAGGAAUUUCCGGAAAUAGAGGUUCAGCAGUUCCUGUCGGACGUGGGCGGGGCUAUCGGCCUGUGGAUCGGGCUGUCCAUUUUGAGCCUGUGUGAGGUGGGGCAGCUUCUCAUUGAACUGUGUGACUAUGGCAUACACACCGCUAAGAAACAGAGUAGGUAUGAGCGGAAAAAACUACGGCGGCAGGAAAGAACGAAAAUGUCGGAGGUUGAAGGUCAUGGCAAUAAUGGAUAUGGCCCGUUUCCGAACGGCGAUACAUCGUAUAAUGACUUCAGUGGUAUUAAUAUGACAUUUAACCCGAGGAUAUAAACCUUAAACGGGCCUCUUCAGGAUUUGGAAGCCAUAUAUAAAGCAGAAAGCUGCAUUUAAUUCGCAUUGCGAUUUGUUGUGAUUCUCAAUUGCAAUUGUUUUGUCAGUUAAACAUGAAGCUGUGUUAUACUUCAUAAAAUAUAAUGUUUAUUGUUUUGGGAGGUAGAGCAGACGUAAUUUUUUACCAGUUCUCUUAUUAAAUGACAGGUGGGAUCAGAGCAAAUUCUCGGUUUUAAGCAAAAGACACAUUAAAUUUUCCAGCGCACAUCGUCACACUUGUUCCAAUAUUGAAUGAAAGUAAGCCAUAAAGCCAUGGAUGUGUAUUGCCUAUUGGUAAGUCAAUGGGCGUGUCCAAACAGGUCAAUAAGUAAUUCAGGAGUUCUAUACGCUCAUAAACUUUAAUGACACUAUUUAUUCAGACUGUUCAAAAAUCCAUGUGUUCUCUUGCAGAAGAAAGAUUCUGUUUUCUGAAUACGGUUUAUACUGCUUGGUAACUUAUUCUUGGCAAUUUGUGUAUGCCAUUCUUUACAUGUAUGUAAGUACUUUUCUAGAUUGGAUUAGUUGCUCGCCUUAUUGUUUUACAAUAUUUUGCAACAGAGAAUAUUUGAUGGUCAUUUUAGUAUUUCUGUUAUUCAGGGAAUGCUGUUGUGUUUGAUAGGUCCAUCUAUAAACAUAGGUUUGCACUCAAAUAAAGCUGGUCUUUUACUA